CUACUGUCAUCAUGGGGCUAACCUAACCGUGUUCUCGCAGUUCGUGAUCUGAGCUGUUCAGUUUCAGUCUCAAAUGUAGAGAGAAGUGUCUCUGAAUAGUGUUAUUUUCAUCGCGAUCCAUCAUAUUUACCGUGAAAUUGGACUGAAAUGAUUGGAAAGACUGAUUGUCGGUUGCUGAAUCUGUUGACUGUUGCUGUAUUACUUCUCCAGUUCACAGACAUCGGAAAUACACAACUGCUUAUCAACGUUAAAAAUCAGGGUGGCGAUGUUGUACAGGAGACAAUAUCCUCGAACGUGAGCGAGGAUUCAGUCACGCUUGAGUUCCAGAGGUCAGAUGGCACACUCAUCACGCAGCUCGUCGAUUUCACGCACGAGGUGCAGAUCCUCAAAGCUCUUGUUCUUGGCGAAGAAGAGCGAGGCCAAAGCCAAUACCAGGUGAUGUGCUUCGUGUGCCACAUCAACAAAGAUGAGUUCAUCUCUUCAGAUGCCAUGGCUAAACUCAGACAGAAAAAUCCGGGCACAGUGCGAACGGCAGAAGAGGAUCGAGGCAGGGAGAACUACCAGAUGGACUUGUUCGUUGACGUGGCCCGGUCGGCUGUCAUCUCCCGUCACGUGGUCAGUCUCUGCUCGGAGGCCAGGGAUGCCACCUACACCCGGCGCAAAGAUCUCGACUUAUGGGCAGCUCAACCAGGAGGACCAUCAUUGUCAGCGCUGCUGGCGGCUGUGAGAGAGUACCCAGUGACGUCACCACCCGCGGGGUCAUCGCUGGCCACGAGGGGCAACUCCGUGGAUGGGGCUCCCACCAGGUGCCGCGAGACUCCCAGUCUAUGGUCUGACUGCACCUGCCAUCUCGAAAUGUGCAUAGGUUGGUACCCGUGCAGCCUGAAAUACUGCAAGAGUCAGAAGGCGGGAGACACGUCAGCGAGCUACCGGUGUGGCAUCAGGACGUGUCGCAAGUGCAGUCACUUCUCCUACUACGUGCGUCAGCGACAACUCUGUCUCUGGGACGAAUGACCUCUCGCCCCCGCCCUCACACUCUCACGCCGAUGAUAGUCACCUCCAUCACCUGACAUCUCCAACCGCCCGCCCGCAUCCCUUUGUAAAUACUUUUACCAAUGCGACCACAUCUCUAUCCUGUAAUAUACAAGUUUAUUAUUUUUAUCUUUCAGUCUCUCUCAUGGAACAAAUAAUCACUAUAUUUGUUAGAGAUUCGACUUUGGUUCAAUUUUUGGUUCGUGAAUCCUAAAAGUUCACACUCCAAAUUAUUUAGGAUUAUCUGGAUCAAUUAUUAUUAUUCUAAAUACGCUCCAUGACAAGAAUCCUAUUAUUGUGUUACAAUUAUCAUAUUUCUUAGUUCAUAUUCUAGAAAAUUAUGUGCUCCUUACAAAUUGAUGCACGUAAGGGAUUAAAUGGAUUGAUCACUUCGGGUAAGAGAAGAGCUGACGCUCCAGUAAUUAAAUUAUAUUACCACCAUUUUGUUACAUUCAUAAUAAUGUUUCUGAUACAGUUAACUAUUUGAAACAUGAUGAAUUGAAUUUCUUCCAAUAAAUAUCAAUGAUCUAUAAAUUAUGCUGUGACAUACUCUUGCCAUAUUCAGUUAUUAUUUUGAAAAUUCACAAUAAUAUCUCGAGAUAGAACAAAGAAAACGAACAAUGUGAUUUUAAAAUAAAUACGUUUUCAGAAAAUAUCGAACAAUAUCAAUAUUAUCACUCUAUUUCAAGAUAAUAUUGGAAAUUUACCUCUUAUUUUGUGUCCAAUCUAAAACUUACUUAUAUGAUGUAAGAUAUUGAUACGUAACCAUAUGAAUCCAAUUUAGCAUAAGAACAAUCUAAGUUAAUUUUGAAAAGAGAGUGCAUGAUUUUUAUAUUUGAAUUUGUAAGAUGAUGAAUGUUUAAAACUAUGUUAUAAUAAUUGAUUUAUAGUUUACAGUGUUCCCACUGUGAUUCCAACUAUUAGAUAUUCUAAAAUAUCGUGGAAAUUUAUUUCUAUGAAAGUUUAAUUAUUAAUUCAAUAACUUAAAAUGUUAUUUGUUGUCAUAAUUAGGAGACGCUUAGUUUCACUCAUACCUAUUCACUCAAACUGUCUAACUCUUUUUUUGGAUACAAAUUUUCCUUUGAAAAUGGGGAAGAUAGAAUUGUCAAGGACUGAAUGCUAUUCAUUACUAUCUAGUAUGUAUUCUUGUGAUGGAUUCAAGUUCGUAGACAUAAACUGAUUGAAUAGAAACCAAAAUCUUCCCAUCCCUUAUUAUUCAACACACGUUCAUGAAAACUAACCGGAUCAUUCUUUCAUUUUUGAAUGGCCCAAUCAUCAGUCACCUAUUAAAGAAUUCUAAUAGAAUUUUAUUUUUUAAUGAAAUUUUAUCACCGAAUUGAUUUGGAUUUUACAUUUUUUCGCUGCGACACGUCUUGCUCAUCCAACUUCUCCUUCUUCUCUCCUCUCCUUCCAUAGUGAGAUUCACUUGGAUCUGUCAGCACUUCUUAUGAAUAUAAUCAUUGCUUCCCAUUUCAAAGUGAGUCUCUCUCCAGCCGCAUCACAGAAUCCCAUUCAUUUAUUCAUAUAAAAUUGCAUGUUGACGGUAUUCAUGUUAUGAAUAUUAUUUGAAUUAAUUUGAACACUUUUUUGUCACUGAUAUCAUUGCUUGAAUUCCCGGAAUCGCUUUUUGAUCUUCUUUUCGAGACUAGUAUUAUGUAUUUUGCUGUAAGGCUAGCCGCAUAUUGAGACGCGACGCUAGCCUGAUACACGAGUUGAUAUUAUAAUGUUCACAUUGAGAUGAAGCUAGAUGUAAACAUUAUAAUAAUAUUAUCAGCUAGAUAAUUGAACACCAUAUAUCAUCAUAUUAUGAUGAUAUAUGGUGUUCAAUUAUCUAGCUGAAUCGCGUCUCGUCGAGUCUCAAUUUGCAACAACCUAAAUUACAACUCAACACACAGCUUAACCAAUGCUUCAUCUCGUGAAGCUUAGGUUAUGAAUUUGACCACAUUAUGAAAUGUGUCGUUCUGAUAUUUCCUCCUCCUUCAGUUAACGAAUUUCCAUUUUUCUUCAUGAAAUAGGCCCUCUUUCAAUUUUUAAUGUGAAAUUGAAUGUCAUCAAUAAUGACAUUUACGAUUUAUCACUACAUCAAUGACGUCAUGUAGUCAUUUGUUUCAAUCUUAGGAACGAUUUUUAUAUUAUGUUGAAGAUGGGUUCUAUGGAAAUCGAAAUCACUCCAGUUUUUAACAAACCUUUCGUUAUUCAUUCAAAAAACGAUUACUGCAUGUCGUAGGUAAUGAAAUUGAAAAAUCAAAAUAGUGUACCGACAUUGCAGUUUGUAAUAGAUCAUGAUGUUAUCAUGUGUCGACUCUUCUUAACAUAUUUCACUCUUCUGCAUAUUCAUUCCUCUUGAAAUUUCAGUCACAAGUCAUUUCUCAUAACCAUGUUCAUGAUUUACAUCAUAGAUGAAUGAAUAUUUAAUGGCCUAACAACUUUCUUGAAGACUCAUUUCAAAUUAUUUUCUCAUCAGGUAUGUUUAAUGGAACAUUUUAAACAUCGAAUGUCACUUUAUUCAAGGAGUAUCCUGUCAGACUAGAAAAAAUCGUGUUGAACUCCGUUUUAGUUUUAUAUUAAUUUUCAGUUUCUAAAAAUAUUGAAGCUUUGUAUUUUGUUUUUAACGAUGAAGAAACUGUGUGUAAGAAUGUUGUUAAUUAUUUAAUAAAAAUAUAAUUCCCAUUGAAACCUUGUCAAUAUUUUUGUAAGUUUAGACUGUUAACACUAGUUAGGUAGUUGAUAUAAAUAUUGUAGCUUUCUACUUAUCCUGCUAUCUCGACAUUAGCUUUCAGUGAUUUAUGAAAAAUGCGCUUCUGGUUAUGUAGCUUUUUGUGUCAUGUAAAAUAUACCUUUGUAAUUCUUCUCUCCUAUUGACUGUGUACAUCUUUGGGGCCUUAGCUUUCUCUUUAUAAUGUAUUUUCAUAUAGACAACUUGUCAUUCGAAUGAGACGUAAAAAUUAUGAAUGUUCUAGGAAUCGGAUGUUGUUGGUUACACGAAAAGUUAGUUGUAGGCCUAUUUCCAUUGUGACAGGUAGAGUUUGCUAAAAAUUACUGAAUCAUUUUGUCUGUAUCAAUGUUGCUUCAAUGUUGAAUGUCACGAACAGACUUUUUAAAACGGAUUUCAGAUUUCGCUUAACAGCAUGGGAAUACAUCACGAAGCAAGCAGCAUUGAUUCCCCAUUCAAACAGAAUUUUUCUCUCUGAAUGUAAAGCUUGUUUUUUAACAGUGAAAACAUUCCCACAAAGGCUUGUUUUGUGGGAUACAUUGUUUAACAUUUAACAACGCAUCAAUUCCAUUAUGAUUCAGGGAUGAUCAUGAUUUUUGAGCUUCAUGACAUUGAUAUUCAGUUCACUUCUAAUUAAGAUUCUUCAAUUAUUUUAAAAAAAUAUAUAAAAUAAAGUAAUAGGUGUUCAAUGAGCUGUAUUGUUCAUAGAAUGCGAAAUAAUUAUAUCAGAUUGACUAUUACAAAUAACAGUUCUCUAUUACUCUCCAAGUGUACGAAAUUAGACAUUUUAUUUCCUCGAUUCAAUUUUCCAUUGGUAUUGUCAAUCAAUGUGCCAAAUUAUAGUUCGUUUCACAAAGAAUAAUGAUAUACUAUACUUGAAUUAAUCCAUCCAACUUUAAAAUUAAUGAAGUUAAAACUAUGUUCCACCUUUUUUACUAGGUUGAAAUCGAUUGUCACAUAUUCAGAUAAUUUUUAUGGAGAAGCAUCCGAUAUUCACCAGGGCUUUUAAAAUAUCAUAAUCAAAUAAUUCCAAGUAUUUAAUAAUUUUUCUCAACGAUCAAGCUGGAUUAGGAUUCCCACUUAUGAAUCAGUUAUAUGGUCUGGUACAGUGAGAAUAUUUUCAAAAUACACAGAAAACCGACAGUAAAAUAUCUUUGAGCCCAAAUAUCUUCAUCCAAAUCAGAUAUAAUUCUUUUUUCAUCAAUUUUCUAUUGUUGACACUUUCGAAAAAUCGCCCACAAAAAAUGAAAAAUAGAUGGCAUUGAGCAAUGGAUGUGACAAUAGAAGGGAAAUGCCACGAAAUCAUUGCUGGCUUGAAGUAUUAUCUGACUGCUCGUGGAAGCUGAUGAUCUUGUAUGCUGUUAAAUGAGCUAUUAUCCGAUAUUGUUUCUCAUCUAGCAUGAGCUGUCUGGCAUGGAAUAAAUUCAAUUAUAUAAAUUUGAACAAUGUAUCGAUGAAUCUAUUAUUAUUAGUAAUUUAUGAAUAACAAACUAAUGUGCUAUAAUAUCACUUGUUACUCGUUUCAUUAUUUUGUCAUACAUUGAAAUCAAAACAUAUUUCUGUUUUGAUUCAUUUUAUAAUAAAAUAUUUUUGUAAACAA